CGGAAUGAUAGUCUCCAACGUAAACCAACGGCACUGCAGAUGAUCAGUUCACACUCAACCAUCAAAUCAAUAGGUAUACAGGUGUUGAUUCAGGCAAUAAGUAGAACAAAAUGUCAACAUCGAUAGUGAUUAUUUGAAGCUUAUGUUUUUCCUAUGGCGGCAACGGAUUGUAUGGAAUCCAGCAAUUUGAUCACUUGUCCAACAUGCGAUCAUUCUGUGUCACAAAACAGAGGGAAUAAGAGAAUUAUUUGUCCAAAAUGUGGAAAUUUUUAUGAUCGAGACUCGGCUGUGGAUGAACUUCGACAAAUUCGAAGAGUGAACAGAGAGAAACAGUCGCCAAAUGAAAUCAAGGACAGAGAUGAGGAUAAAGACAAAUCAGGAGGAACCCUGAGCUCCAUUGCCAAUUUUUUCCAAAACUUGGGUCCAAACCGCAAAACAAAGCCUGCUGGACCUCAGUCACGCUCAAAUUCACAAGCCUCAAGUAACCUGUCAGAGCCCAGCACAAAAACCCCGAACACAGAGUUACCCCCCAUCAAUCACUCCCAGACCCCGAGCGGAAAACGAACACCAUCUUAUAAUGUGAACGGCCCCCACAGUCCCAGACCAUCGGAGAAGGAUAAACCGACAGCCACCAAAGGAGAUAACACGAGGGUCAAUACAUGGGCUCAACAAGCCGACUCUAGUAUAAGUCAAAUCACUGCCAGUGCCAAUAACAACAAACUUGUGUACCCUGUACGGACCAAGACUGCCGAGCAGCUUAAAGAAGAUGUUCUUCUUGCUAAGGAGUCUAAAAACUGGAAAGUUGUUCAAGAUUUCUAUGCCACAACUUUUGAAUCCUUUUUGGAAAUCAAUGCCAUUUUCAAGAGAGACCCUUGCAAAGAAUACAAGACUGUAGAAGAACCUGGCCUGAAGUUUGAGCUAGUUCACAUGGUCUAUGAAAUCCUUCUGAAACUGCCACAAGAAAUACAGAAGGUAGUUUUGAAGUCGGUCAUCAACAGCUUGCUGAAGGACAAAAGGGAUCAUGACAGCAGAAUUCACUGGCCUCACACUAAAGAUGACCUGCGAGCAUAUUUGGUUCUUCUACAGAAUCCACAAUUUGAAAAUUUUACAACCUAUGUUAUUUUUGCCCACCUGCUGAGACAGAUUGCUGCCUUAACUGAUCAAGACCACCAUUUCCUUGUUCAUUGGAUGAAAGGGUUAAAAAAGCAAGUUUUUCAGCGGAUCAUAAAGAGGCUCCAUAACUUUAUCUCUGUGCGCCUGUUCCCCCCGAAGCCUCAGGAUCUACCCCCAAUGGCCAAGUGUACCUGGUGGAUCCCAAGCGCCACCAAGGUCCUUGCUCUUCUCAAUGCUGCCAACAAUUUGACUAGUCCCACAAUAGUGCAAUAUUCUGAGUUCUAUAACCCCACCCUGGACCACCUGGAUCUAAUGGCUGAGUAUUACACAUGGCAGAAUCCAAGUUCAUGUGCUGGGUUUUCUUUUUGUCAGUAUCCAUUUAUUCUGAGCAUCAACGCCAAACGAAACAUAUUACAGCGAGACAGCGAGCAGCAGAUGAUCAUUAUGGCCAGGAGAAGUCUUGUUGCUAAAGUACAACGAAGGCAGAUGCCAGAUGUUGGGAUGUUGUUCCUGAACCUUACUGUGAGGCGGUCUCACCUUGUCUCAGACUCACUUAACGAGAUCGCUCGCAAACAACAUGACCUCAAGAAGAAGUUGAAGGUCACGUUUGCUGGCGAACCAGGGUUGGACAUGGGUGGGCUUACGAAGGAGUGGUUCCUUCUUCUGAUCAGACAAAUUUUCCACUCAGACUAUGGAAUGUUUACGUAUGACAAGAGGGCGGGUGUCCACUGGUUUAGUUCGGCUCAUUGCGAGAGCUAUCAAGAGUUUAACCUGGUCGGGGUGUUGAUGGGCCUAGCGGUGUACAACAGUAUUAUUCUAGACAUUCACUUCCCUGCGUGUUGUUUCAAGAAACUUCUCAGUCCUGCAGUUGUGCCUUACAACAACCCACAAGCCAUGGUUGGCAUGACAACGAUGAACAUCAAUGACCUCAAAACUGUUCAACCGGAUGUAGCAAACGGUCUUCAAAACCUUUUGGAUUAUGAUGGGGAUGUUGAAGAUGACUUUGGGUUAAGUUUUCAGGUGUCUGUGACAGAGUUUGGUGUGAUGAAAACUGUGGAUCUCAAACCGAAUGGAUCAAACAUUCCUGUUACAAAUGAAAACAGAAAAGAGUAUGUGCAGCUUUACGUGGACUGGAUCCUGAACAAGUCAAUUUAUCAUCAGUUCCAGGCCUUCUAUCAUGGAUUUCACAGUGUCUGUGCCUCCAAUGCUCUUAUUAUGCUGAGGCCCCAGGAGGUGGAGAUGCUGGUGUGUGGAAACCCAAUCCUGGACAUGAAUGAGUUGAGGAAAGUGACGACAUAUGAUGGAUACAGUCCUCAGGACCAGGUCAUAAAGAAUUUUUGGGACGUUGUGUUGUCAUUACCCAAUGAGUUACAGAAACGUCUUCUGCUGUUCACGACAGGAAGUGAUCGUAUUCCUGUUGGUGGAAUGUCCGAGAUGACAUUUAAGAUUUCCCGUGUUGGUGGUACAGAUCUGUUGCCAAUGUCUCACACUUGUUUCAAUAUGUUGGUCCUACCCGCUUACAAAAACAAGAAAACAAUGAGAGUGAAGCUGAUUCAUGCUGUACAGAAUGCGGAGGGCUUUGGGUUGGAAUGAACAAAGCCUGCUUUUGUUUAAUUAAAUAGUCAUGUUGUUUUUUUAAAAAUAGAUAUGUACUCCCUUUUUUUUCAUUUUUGAAGGAAAAAUAAUUCUAUACGUUCAUGAAUCAUGAUUUUCAUUCAUGCACUGUUUAAUUAAUCAAUGUGAGAUUUAGGGUCAAAUGAAUUAUGAAGUGAAGUAACUCAUUUAUAAGACAUACUUUCUUUUAGAGCUCAAAAGAAAUUGAAGAUUUUAACGUCUAUUUAGGUCAAGGUUAUGAAGUAAAUGACUACCAAAGUUCAAGGUCAUUAAUGAAUUUGUAGGUCAUUAACUGACAGCCAUUGUAGGUUGAUUACAUUUGUUGUAUGGUAGUCAUGGUAUUCAGCAAACAAAACUAAUGUUUUGUUGCUUUUUAACUAAAUUAAAAGUGAAAAAUGGAACGUUCCUCAGAUUCUUUGUGCAGAUUUCUGUUGAAGUGAAAAGAGGAACGUUCCUCAUAUGAAAUGUAGAGAUUUUAGUUUAGGUAAAGAGGAACGUUCCUCUGAUGCUUCAUAAGUUUUUAUAAGAAUAAGAGGAACGUUACUCAUUUUAAAUAUCUUUGUAAUGCAUUUAAAUGUCAAUGAUGCAGCAAAAAUUCCAUAAACUUUGACUUGUAAA